ACGGAAUAAAGGGAAAAGCAGCAGCUCAGCGGCGACCACCAAUCUACACAGCCUCAGCAUCCACACGCUGCCCCCUCACUUUUGAUGAUUUGUAAAUAAACAUUGCGUGGAUGAUGAAUACGGUAACUCACAUUUCAGGGAAAGCGCUCAACGUUAACGGUGAAUUGUUUAGAAAACGCUGAAAACGACCUUCGUGACCUCAAAGUUGGUUUUCCUGCCGCGUGCAAUGAUUUAAAUGAUUUAAAGCGCCUCCGCAAGUCGAGGAAACCCACCGCCCCCCGUGCAGCCGCCCGUCCAGCGGUACCCAGACCAACACCGUGAUGGCCGAGGCCAUGAGGACGUUCCAGUCCCAGCUCUCCGUCGUCAUGGAGACGGUGUUCAAGGCCGCCAUGUACGAGAUCACCAGGCUGGUGGAGGACAGCUUCGUGGAGGAGCUGACCCGCUGCCGCCAGCAGGUGGACACCCUGAAGAGGCGGGUCAGGUGUGCGGAGAGCCGGCGCUCGGAGCCAGCCGGCCGGUGCGCGGACUGCGGGGGAGGCGGCUGGUCCGCCCAGACAACACCGGCCCCCGGCCGGGAGUCAGAGAAAAGUCUGAAACAGGAGAAUGUUGGUCUGGAAGAGUCAGAAGGUUCCCAAGGCUCUGCUGGAGAAACACAGAAUCAAGCUGUGGAGAAGGCAAAGCCAGAAGAUCGCAUGAACUCAACUCGGCAAACAGAUGCAGAAAAGGAAAAGUUCCAGGGAGUCCUCAAGGAGGAAUCUCUUCAGAGCAUGCCUGAACUCCGGGAGUCACAAGACUGGGGUGUCAAUGCGGACGAUAUUGAUAAAUCAAGUCUACCUGGACCAAGUAAAUGCUUCACUGAGCAAAAGAUCCCAAAGUGGGAAACCGGCUUUGUCCAGAGAACGGAGUCGAGCCAAGACGGACACACGGGUUACCCUUCUGAGCCGCUGUUCCAGAGCAGGUACGGUGUUGAUGGGCUGGCCGGCUUUGACAAGGCCAGCUACGGAGACACCAGUUUGAUCGGCUCAGGCAGCUUUGAAGGGUUACAAAGUUCACCUUCCCACCUGGCCGGAAACCUGAGUUACGUGGCUCGGUACGAUGAAGACGUGGAAGCGCCUGCAGACACCCCGCAGGAGAGCAGGGGGGCAGACUGUUCCCCCGCAGGCUCCCCUUCCAGGACUAACAUGGAUGUGAGCGGAGAGUUUAGCUGCUUGCUGAUAAACGAGGAGGGGUUUCUGCAGGACACCAAUGUCCUGUAUCCCGGUCACGUGUCUGCCGAUUCAGGCGGCAGACUGGGUUUUCGUAGCCAGGCCGUUCGAUUCAACCUGCAUCCAGAGGCCACAGAGGAUGUGUACGAGGUCUCAAACACGUGUGGUGAUGUCUUAAACCCAGAAGGGCCGCUGCAACAUCAGACAGCAGGGUGUGGAGGGAGGAGAGACACCUGCAACUCCCUGUCCUUUCCAGACUCCGUUUCCCUCAAGGUCCACAAACAGACACACAAAGGCAGUGCACAAGGGCCUCCAUACUCUUGCAAGCAGUGCGGUAAGACCUUCACUCAGGCUUGUAACCUCAAGGUCCACCAGAGGAUCCACUCUGGGCAGGGGCUCCACCUGUGCAACCACUGUGGGAAAGGUUUCCCUUCCUUCACUGAGCUAAAGACACACAAAUGUGGCCAAUCUGGUGACAAACCUUAUUGUUGCACCGUCUGUGGGAACAAGUUCAGCCGCCUCUGGAAUCUGAAGCUGCAUCGGAGAAUUCACACGCAGGAGAAACCUCACCGCUGCACCAUGUGCGACAAGAGUUUCACGAGGGCGGACAUUUUAAAGGUUCACCAGCGCACCCACACGGGGGAGAGACCGUACCGCUGCUCCGUGUGUGGCCUCAGCUUCAAACGCCUGGAUCACCUGAAGUCACACCAGCGCAAACACGUGACACACCUGUAAGACUGGCGGGCGAGAACGUCUGAGGUUUCAGGAGGUUCGACAGAUAAAUGUUUAAUUCAUGAGCUAUAUAUGUGUCCUCCCAGGGUUGGAAACUAACUUUUUUCUUCCCACCUACCCAAGUGGCAGGCGGAUUUUAAAAUCUACCUGCCACUUAUUUUCUUUUGCAAGCUACUGUUACCAGCAAGUAAAUAUUAAACAAUAUUGUAGAACAUGUGUCAUGUCAAAGGGCUGAUUUUCCCUGGGUGAUUUCAUAUUCAGUUCAUAUUCAUAGACAGCCUUUGUCCCAACAACAAAGCUGUUACAUUUGGUUCUGAACUGUCAGACUAGUGAACAACACGGUCCAGUUUGUCUCGUCAUACCUUUGGUGGUAUGGACCUUUACCAUGGGACCUUUUAUCUACACUUUUUCUUUUCUUUUCCUGUUUCUAUUUCGGUGUUGGCUCCAACCUGGAAGUUAGAAUUUUGGCUUUUUCGGCCCUCUAGUUUCAAUCCAGCUGCAGCUGGUGCUGACGGAUUAAAGGAGACCUAUUAUGGCAUCUAAUACCUAUUUUAAACAGGCCUUGAAUUCAUAAUAGGUCCCCUUUAGGUUUAUUUGUUGAGCACCAUAGGGAGACAGUCCAUUGUUUUGGUACAUGUCACCAGUCCCACCUUGUUCAAACACUUUAUGUAAUAAAAAAAAACGGAACAAACAGAACAAAGCUUAGACUGUAAAACUGUUUCAAUUUCACAUGUAUGUUUAAUGUGAAUAGACUUUUGAGAGAUUGUGAUGAAAAGAUACAUUAUUUGGUUGUCUUUUCUAAUGAGUAUUUCUUGAAAAGGGAGUAUCGUCUUGCAUUCUCUCUUUUAUCCAGCUGUUUGAGUAGCUGGUGGGGUGAGCAAACCCAAACCCCUCUCCUUACACAAAAUAACUGGCAAAUUUCCAACCCUGUUUUCUGGUCAAAUUCAUGUUUUUAAAAUCUCUUUCACACCUAUUUAAACUUUUUUCUGUACAUAUCAAACAUCAGUUUUUUCAUGUUUUUCUCCUGCCCAUUGUACUCUAAAAAUACAGCUGCAUAUUGUUUUUUCUUAAAAAUCUCUGGCCGUAAGUAAAAUAACAAAAUUGAGCAGCAUUGUCUUUGUAAAUAUUAACUCGAAAUAAAAGGGUCU